AUGGACUCGGUCCGAUCUGGCGCGUUUGGCUCCCUGUUCCGCCCCGACAACUUUGUGUUUGGACAGUCCGGUGCCGGUAACAAGUACUGGGCCAAGGGACAUUACACUGAGGGUGCCGAAUUAGUCGACUCAGUGCUAGACGUCGUCCGCAAGGAAGCCGAGGGAUGCGACUGCCUCCAAGGUUUUCAGAUCACCCACUCCCUUGGUGGUGGAACCGGUGCUAGAAUGGGAACCUUGCUGAUCUCCAAAAUCCGAGAAGAAUUCCCCGACCGUAUGAUGGCCACCUUCUCCGUCGUCCCCUCGCCCAAGGUCUCUGAUACCGUCGUUGAGCCCUACAACGCAACCUUGUUGGUCCACCAACUGGUCGAAAACUCUGACGAGACCUUCUGUAUCGACAACAAGGCCCUCUACGACAUCUGUUUCCGCACCCUGAAGUUGGCCACACCCACCUACGGUGACCUCAACCACUUGGUCUCGAUCGUCAUGAGUGGUAUCACCACCUGUCUCCGAUUCCCCGGUCAGCUGAACUCCGACUUGCGUAAACUGGCCGUCAACAUGGUCCCCUUCCCCCAAUUGCAUUUCUUCAUGGUCGGAUUUGCUCCACUUACCGCCCGUGGGAGCCAGCAGUACCGUGCCAUCACCGUGCCUGAGUUGACCUUGCAAAUGUUCGAUGCCAAGAACAUGAUGGCUGCCUCAGACCCGAGACACGGCCGAUACUUGACCGUCGCCGCCUACUUCCGUGUUCCAAACAACGUCCAAACCGCUCAUUGUGACAUCGCACCUCGUGCACACAAGAUGCCUGUGACAUUUAUUGGUAACUUGACUGCCAUCCAAGAUUUGUUCAAGCGGGUGGCCAAUCAAUUCACGGCCAUGUUCAGACGUAAAGCUUUCCUGCAUUGGUACACUGGAGAAGGGUACGUCUAG